AUGCUGGCUCAUGAUACAAGGAUUAUUGAAGAUCAGAAGCCACAAACUUUGAUGAAUUUGGUCCGAAUCUACUAUCAUGAUGGGUUGGACAAGUUAAUUGAUCCUUUGAUAAGAAAUCAAAUUGAUGAUCAUUCUUUUCGUAUUUUUAAAGAAGUUGCAUGUCAGUGCAUAACUUUCAAAUCGAAGGAUCGACCUAAGAUGGAUAACAUCAUCCAGUGCAUCGAGGAAGCAUUGGAUGUUCAAGUAAGUCUUUUAUUUGAUUACAUUCAAUGGAAUCUAGUUUCAUACUCCGAGAAUGAAAAAGUAUGCUCUAUCUAUGCAACAGAUUUGGGGCUGUGUGAUAUCCGCCGCUAA